CAGAGGCCAAUGCGCAAUGGGAGCAAUGGGCGCACGCAGCCUAUAAAGCGCAGCAACCGCUCGCGCAGCCCAAGCGCAUCCUUCGCAGCGGCCGCGGUGCUGCCCCUCGAAGCGCACCGGCCGAGGCGCACCUUUGCACUCCACAGCACAGCAUAGACCAAUGAACCUCUUCGUCGCGACCCUCAACGUCGGCAACCGCCCCCUGGAGCCGGAUCAAUUGAAUAGAUGGUUGCGGGAGGCGAAGCACUGCGACGUCUGUAUUGUGUGUUUGCAAGAAGCCCACGUCGUGACCGAACGCCACUUAGAACGGGGCAAGAGCGUCGCGGCGCUCCUGGCGGCGGGCGCCCUCGCCUGGCCGACCUGGGGGGUGAGUUGUUGCCUGGCGAUACCCUACGUGUGCCGGCAGCGGCGGAAGCGGGAAAAACGGCACGAGAAAGAAAAACAAGAAGCCCGAGCGUUGUCGAACCCUUCAUUAUCACCGCAGCAGAAGCGCGCGCGCGUGACGCUGGGCAGCAGUCGUCGGAUCCGCGACUGCCUGCACCACCUGGGCUUCAGCGUGCGCAAGAAGCCGUCGCUCGCGUGGGGCCAGCUCCGGUGCUUUGCGCGGCGUCCUCACGUCGCGUCGAUGGCGUAAAGAUACACGACACAGGCUCCUCGUCUUCGCGAAGCGCGACGUCAGUGUAGUCUUAAAACGCCACAAGGUCGCGCGCGUCGGCGGCCUCGUCGUCAACAGGGACCUGGGCACCGGCGUCAUGGGCAACAAGGGCGGUCUCGUGUCGACCUUCGUGGUCGAGAAGGAGGGCUUCGCCACGACGUGCACGGCGAUCAACGCGCACUUGUAUGUAGCCGGCGUCCCUCGGUCUCGAACGCCCAUCGCUCGCGUCCGGGCUGCGAGGAUCGUAACGAGACACAGAGAGAAGCUACGCGCCGAUGGCGUGGAGGUGGACGUACAAAGCCCUCCGUAGUCUCGAUGGCGUCGAGAGAUACACAACACACAGAGACAAGACAAAAAAAAAACGCAGGCCCGCCCACGAGGGCAAGUUCCACGAGCGCAUGGACGCCCUCGAGGAGAUCCUGAAGAAGGCCAAGGUGCUGAGGUCCGACAUUGCCGUGUUGGCGGGCGACUUAAAUUGGCGGCUCGACACGGACCACGUCUGGGACGGUAGUGUAGAACACUGCAUUCGUGAAGGCGACUGGCGGAGUCUGCGAGAAGCGGAUGAGUUGGUCCGGGCCCACGAGAAGCACGGCGUGCUGUCGGACUGGACGGUGCCGGUGUGUGAGUUCCCACCAACCUUCAAGCUCAAGCCGGGAGGUAUCGAAUAUGAUCCGAAGCGCCUGCCAGCCUGGUGCGACCGCGUGUUGUUCCGAGCGGACACUACUAUCAGAACCGUAGUGCGCUCGCAUAGAUCCUUUCCGGUGGUGGAUACUUCUGAUCACAGACCUGUUGGUCUGGAAUUAACAAUCCAGGACCCGUCGAAGGUACCGGAAAGUCGAAUCCGAAGCUUCGGCAAGAAAAUAAGACGGAGCUUCGGGCGGGUCUUCGCGGCGAUCCCCGAGGACCAGUCGCCCAAGAACCAGAGGCCGGGCCUCGAGACGUUCCGGUCGAAGUUCGGGGGCUCCAUCUUCACGUCCAUCGCGGGCCACGGCCACCCCGAGUUCUCCGACACCGACGACGACGAGAGCGAGGCCGGCGACGUCAGCGCGUCGAGCGACGACGAGGAGUCUCAGGAGAGCGCGCGGUUCGUUGAGUCGCCCAAAAGCGACCUGCGGUCCCCCGAGAACGUCGUCGUCGAGGGGAAGGCGUGGCAAGAACCCCCUUCAUAAUUAGUUACAGUCGUAGGUCUUAGUCGAAGUCGUCGCCGUCAUCAUCAUCACCCUUGU